AUGUCAUUGCAUAACAAUAUACUUGGGUAUUUAAAUUAUGUGAAUUUGCCUGUGGAACAUAUCCCAUAUUAUUUGAAUAGUUUUGAAAGCGUAUCUGGAGAUUGUGCAAAAAAUCCAGAAUGUCCAUACAAAAAUUUUAUCGGAAGAAAAGUUUGCUGGGGUUAUGAGCGUCAUUGUAACGAAUCUCAUUCAUAUCACAUAAGACCUCGUUGUCCAGGUGAUCAUCGAGGGUGGGUUAAGACAAAAGAGGCGCAGUAUUCUACAUUUUAUACGCAAGCCGAUUUCGGUUAUGUUAAGGAACAGAUUGAAGAAUUGAUGGUCAUCUGUGAGGCAUCAUAUCCUUAUGACAGUUCACUUGAAUGUUCUAAAUAUCUAAGGUUUUGCAGAGGGCGCAAUCUCAUGUUGAAUUUCACUGGGUUAGUAGGUCGAGGAAAUAAUUUACGCUAUAAGAUGGAUAUAUUAGGCCCCAACCAAAUAGGUGGACAUUGCAAUUAUUAUUCUGAAAGAUUAAUGAAAGAAGCAGAUCAUAUGAGUGCUUUACAGUCAUGGGCACCAGAGAUGGUUAACUUUAUUAGAACUGAAAAGAGACCAAUACAGGAUGGCAUGUGCGAUUUAGUAAUAGAUAAACCUACAUAUAUUAUGAAACUUGAUGCAACUGUGAAUAUGUAUCAUCAUUUCUGCGACUUUUUCAACUUGUAUGUUUCUCUUCAUGUCAACUCAACUCAUCCAUCAACAUUUUCAAGGGACAAUCAAAUAUUGGUGUGGGAAACAUUUACAUAUGACUCCGCUUUUAAGGACGCUUUUAAAGCUUUCACAGUGAAUCCAAUUUGGGAUUUAAAAACAGUUAGGGGGAAAAUCGUGUGUUUUCGGAAUGUCGUUUUUCCCCUUUUACCUAGAAUGAUCUUUGGCCUGUAUUAUAAUACACCUUUGAUAUACGGCUGUGAGAGAAGCGGACUGUUUCAUGCGUUCUCAAAACAUAUUCUUCAUUCUUUGAAUGUAAAGUUGGCACUACGUGAAAAUGAUAAAAUACGGGUAACAUUACUUUCUAGAGGUACAACUUAUAGAUCCAUAUUGAAUGAAAAAGAACUUGUGAAUGCAUUACUUAAAGUUAAAGGAUAUUACGUACAGCGAGUAGUGUACGAUAGAAACAUGCCAUUUGUGAAGCAAUUAGAGAUUACACAUAACACAGAUGUGUUUAUUGGUAUUCACGGUGCAGGUCUAACUCAUCUUAUGUUUCUUCCUGAUUGGGCAGCAGUGUUUGAAAUUUACAACUGUGAAGACCCUAACUGUUAUUUCGAUCUAGCUAGACUACGAGGCUUGAAAUAUGUUACAUGGGAGAAUAAAAAUAAAAUGGUUCAACAAGAUGAGGGUCAUGGACCUAACGGGUCCCAUGCUAAAUUCACUAAUUACUCAUUCGAUGUAGAAGAGUUUCUUAGAUUAGUAGCAAAAUGUGCAGACCAUGUGAGAAAACGACAAGAUUUCAAAAACUUUGUAGAAGCGUCCCUUAUAAAGAUGAUGCAUGAAGAAUUGUAA